CCCACCACAGCCCCGCGAGCUGCAGUGUUGUUUCCGCACUUCCUUUCUCUUGGGUCUCCGUCGUCCCGCAAGCGAGAAGAUGCCUUAGGCUGUUCCAAGUGAGAGAGAGAACGCUUCUGUGACUCCCUGGUGGCUGCUCCAUCCCAUGGAUUCUCCCAGCGGACGAUGGAGCAUCCCGAGGGCGAAAGGCCUCCAGAUCUCCUGCCAAAGGGGUCCGGCUGUGUUGCCAGGAAGGAGGCAGGCGACGCCGGGAAUCUCUUCUCCAAGGACCAGCAAGAAAUCAACCCGCUCUUUUUUGACGAUACUUCAAGAUUCCAACCCGAAGGGUUCCAAGCCUACGCCAAGUCCAAAUCGUUCACCCCAAAGCCUCCGCACAAACCCAGGCUGGAGCGGACCUCGUCUCUCGAUGAGCUGGUCUGGCGCCGCCAGAGACCCUUCAGAAUGAGCCAAGACGGCUUGACGGAUCCCGCUGAGACGGGCUCUUCCAAUGGACAUCUCCAGCGGGGGAGUCCCGUCCGGCAGAAGAUCACCUGCGGCGGCGAUCAGCCCCGAAGGGAGGGAUCCCUGUGCAGCUUGCGUGGCGUCUCUGAAGCUCCCCACGCCGGGCAGAGUACGUUGAGCCUUUUGGACUCACGCGGGACGUUGGCCAGAAUCAGGGCCGCCCCGCCCCCGCUGGAACUGGAUGGCUCCUUCCCUUCUCUGAGGACGACUAAUCGGAUCGACCCGGAUUGCGUGGAUUACCGGCUUUCUUCCCAGAGCUGCUUUCCGCGGGCGGGCAGCAGCUGGAGCGACACCCAGCUCCACAGCCGAGGCAUGGUUUGCGGCAACGGCUCCACGGCCUCCAUGAAGUCCACGUUCAGCCUUCUGACCCCCAUCCGCGUCAGGGACGUGCGGAACAGAAGUUACUUGGAGGGCAGCCUGCUUGCGAGCGGCGCGCUGCUGGGAGCCGAAGAGCUGAACCGAUAUUUUCCCGAUCGGAGCGUUGGCAUCUUCGUCGCCACCUGGAACAUGCAGGGGCAAAAGGAACUCCCAGAGAUGCUGGACGACUUCCUGCUGCCCUCUGACCCUGACUACGCCCAGGACAUGUAUGUCAUCGGGAUCCAGGAAGGCUGCCCAGAUAGGCGCGAAUGGGAAAUCCGUCUGCAGGAGACGCUGGGCCCCCAUUACGUCAUGCUCUACGCAGCCACCCACGGCGUGCUCUACAUGUCCGUCUUCCUCCGCAGGGAUCUCAUCUGGUUCUGCUCGGAGGUGGAGUCCGCCACAGUGACGACGCGCAUCGUGUCUCAGAUCAAAACCAAGGGCGCCCUGGGCGUGGGCUUCACCUUCUUCGGCACAUCCUUCCUUUUCAUCACGUCCCAUUUCACGUCUGGAGACGGCAAAGUGUGCGAGCGGGUGCUGGACUACAACAAAACCAUCCAGGCUCUUGCCCUGCCCAAAAACAUUCCGGACACCAACCCCUACCGCUCCAGCUCCACCGACGUCACGACCCGCUUCGACAACGUCUUCUGGUUUGGGGACUUCAACUUCCGCCUGAAUGAGAACCGGGAGAUGGUUGAGCAAAUCCUCAACCAAGGCAAGGAAACGGACAUGGCCAAGCUGCUGCAGCACGACCAGCUGAUGAGGGAAAUGGGCAACGGCACUGUUUUUAAGGGGUUCCAAGAGGCUCCCAUCCUGUUCCGACCAUCCUACAAGUUCGACGUUGGGCGGGACACCUACGACACGACUUCCAAGCAGAGGACACCUUCGUACACGGAUCGGGUGAUAUACCGGAGCCGCCACAAGGAUGAGAUCCACGCCGUGAAAUACUCUUCCUGCCUCGGGAUCAAAACGUCGGACCACCGGCCUGUGUACGGGUUAUUUCGGGUCAAAGUGAGACCCGGAAGAGACAACAUCCCAUUGGCUGCGGGGCAGUUUGACCGAGAACUCUAUCUGAUUGGCAUAAAGAGGCGGAUCACACGGGAGCUCCAGAAGAAGCAGGCCCUGAAGGACCAGAAAUCCAGCGCCGUCUGUUCGGUCUCCUGACCUGAAAAAGCCGCCCAAAGAGGAUUCCCGAGGCAGGCGGAGGGUGGGCCUGAGCGACGAGGGCCUGCGACGACCGCCUCCUGGUGACGGCCUGUGCAGUUCGAUCUCGCACGGGAACUGCUGCGGCGCGACGGCCAAAGCGAGGGAACACCCUGCGGUUGCCUGUUUCCACAGAGGCGAUCGCAAGAAGAGGUUUGCCGAGGAGCCGCGAUCCUGCCUGGCGGGGGCCUUCCCUGGGCCGAGAUGCUGGCGCGGCCCAGCCCGGCUCUCCUGUGAAACGUUUGCCUGAAAAGAGCAGCCUGCGUGCCCCCCGCUCCCAGCGGGUCUGGCGUCCUCUGCAUGCAAAGCCAUGUCCGCGUCGGGGGUUCCUGGAAGAGGCCUCUCGUGGGGCCGCCGUGGAAACAAAGGAAAGGCCGGCCGUGAGCUUUAUGCCCGCUUCAUUCCCCGCCUUCCGCAGCUGCAGCUAGAAAGCGUUCGCUUGGCGACCCAGAGCCCCGUCGCGCUCUGAAUUCUGACGGCCCACUUCGGGGCCAUCACAGCUCUGGAGCCGAAACAACCGUGAGGGGGAUGGAGGAGUCCAAAGGCGCCGGCCUUCGACGCCAAUGGUUUGCUCAGGAAUACCGGAGGAGCCUCCGCGCUUCUCGCCUUGUUCCCAGACCAAGACCCCGCUUUCCUCUGGGACUGUUUCCCCCCCCACACACACACCUCUCAGCUACAUGUUUCUAAAAGCCCCCUGGUUAAUUACUGUAGGGGACAGGAUACAAGCUGGCUUCGUCUGACAAAGGACUGUCGCUUCCUCUCUUUCCAAGCGGCUCUCUGAGUCGGAUCCCUGAAACGGCAAGGUCCCGUUUGGCCGCGUCUCAGCAGCGUGAAAAGCUGGGCGCCAGGAGCCUUUUGAGCUUGUCUGCGCUGUUUCCCCCUCCGCGUUUUGUCCCUCGUUAUUACCUGGGCUGCGUUUGUGUCCAGCAUUCCUUGAGAAGGAUGAAAGGAGAGCCAGAUGUUAAAAAUGUGUUUUCCGGCGUGCCGCGUUCUUCUUCAACCAAACUUUUCAUUGCUCGCCACUCCCUUUCUGUCAUGUAAUUCUGCUAAAUCUCAAUUCUGCCACCAGUGGAAUCUACCCCAUCGAGGUAGGAUCCGCUGCCUGUGCUUCUUUCAAACACUCUGCGGGUUUUCCUGUUCCCACUGUGUGGCAAUGUGCCAAAUUCUACAUCCGAUAAAAUAAAUACCUAGUUGAAUCCA